CCAGCAAAGUGCAUGAAUGCUGAACUAAGCGUUGCAAUGGACUUUUAACUCGUUGUCUGUUGUACAAAAUAAGAAUAACGUAUUACACGAAAUGUGUAUGAACAAGUAUUAUUUAUUUAUUUUUUUUAAGUUGCGGGCGUCUGCUUAGAUCAGCACAAAAACUACAGCAAUACAAUUACAUGUAAUGGAAACGAGCUCAUAAAAUACGGUCAGCGAUCUGUAAAGUAUGUUGCGACACGAACAAUUGUUGCAUCUGUUGCAAUUUCAUCAUAAAUUAGUCAUUGCAAGGCGAAUCAAAACCAGAUGUAACAUUUGGCCUGCGUGGCAGGCAAUUUGGCCAAUAACUUGUUAACUGAUGGCACAUCCAUUUAAAUACAAUUUGCCAGAUUAUGUGCUGCGAUAAACUGCACAUGCAACGACUAAAAGCUUCGGAAAUUGCCAUCGUACACAGUUAACUGACGACACUUCGCUGGCUCACUUGCGCGCCAACAUGUUGUCAAGCGAGUCGGUGCAAUCUAUUCAUAACAUAACGCUAAUAUACGCCGUGGUGUGGACGAUUAACAGCCACUAUGCGAGCGACUCCAGCAAGGCGCUGUCCAUCAUGAGUUUCGCCAGGCGGGAAUCGAGCCGUGCUCAGCACAAUGAUCUCAUUGAUGCUGUGCUGGGUCUCGCGUCCGCUGCCGGUCGCAUAAAGUUUUUACUGCAGAACGAGGGCAUCGUUAGCGACGAGUCGCUGACCGAAGAAACACCACAGGCACCCGCAAGCGGAGUGCUGGGCAGGGACACGGGACUCUUUCUGCUGGAUAGCUGGGCCACCUAUUUGCGUCUGGAGCAGCAUCUGAUGCAACCGGGCAGCUUCUACAAACGCAACGGCUACUAUUGCAUUAUAUAUACGGGCGAAGAGACCGGACGCCUCGGCAUCAUUUACAACAUCUUUCGACGUCUACUCGCUAUCUACGUGAUCAAUGUGAAUGUGCUGCUGACCAAUCGACAGAAUGGCACCAUCCAGGUCUACAACUACUAUCCAUACCGUCCGUAUCGAUGUCAGUCAUCGGAGCCAGUGCACUAUGCCACCUUCCAAGGCAGCAUGGGUGCCCCUCCGAUCAUUCAUUCGGAGAACAGCGUUCUCUUCUUUGACAGAAAAGUGGAUGACAUGCAUGGCUGUAAGCUGGUCACCGUCACCUUUCAGCACCGUCCGUUUGUCAUCAUCGAUGAUAAUAGCAGUCUGCCUGAUGAUCAGCGAUUAUCAGGCAUCGAGGGCAGGAUCUAUCAACUGUUAGCCGAGCGUAUGAACUUUGCAAUUAAACUGGUGAAGGAGCCCAAUGCGGAUCGUGGCGUUGUCAAUCCUAAUGGCACCUUCACAGGUGCCAUGAAGAUGAUCGUCGAUGGCUUGGCGAACAUUACCUUCGUCUCAUAUAUCUACAACAAGGAGCGUGCCAUGUAUAUGCUGCCGAGCAUCUCGUACACCAGCUUUCCCAUUGUGCUCUGUGUGCCUGGAGGCAGAUCGCUGACACCACUGGAACGGCUGACCAAACCGCUUGGGUACAUCACGUGGCUGUGCCUGUUGACCUGCAUACUGUUCGGCCUGACACUGAUUACAGUGCUGCAAUUGCUGAGCGUGCCGCGAUUGAGUCGCUUUGUGCUCGGCGAGAACAAUCGAUUGCCUCGCACGGAGCUGUGGAGCACGUUGUUGGGUGGCCUUCACAUGCAUCCGCCACGUCGGAAUUUCGCCCGUUUCCUGUUAGCCUUGUGGCUGCUCGAAACGCUGGUGCUGCGUGCCGCCUACACGGGCGAGCUGUACAUACUGCUACAGGAUGGACGGGUGCGUACGCCGCUGCGCACGCUGACCGAGGUGCUGGACAAGAAGUACGAGUUCCAUAUGCUGCCAGCACUGCAGCCAGUGUUUCGGAAGUUGGUCAGUCGGCAGCGAGUGGUUGUUAUUUCCAGACUGGAGGCUUCGCUAACCCAGCUACGCGAUGAUACCGAAGCACAAUUUGUGGUGCCACUGCUGAGACCAACCGCAUCCCGAUUCGACAUGGACUCCGGUCCUAAGAAGCCGCGUCUAGCAAUGCUCCGUUAUCCCCUGCUAACCGCCCCGAUGACCCUUUACAUGCGUCCGCAUUCCUAUCUCAAGCAACGCAUCAACACGCUGCUGAUCAAUAUGAUGUCAUCGGGCCUGGUGGAUCGCUUUCGUCGCAUGUAUCUGGACAGGAUCGAGCAUUUGGCCAGUGAGCGCAACCGUGAGCCCACCAAGCUCAGCCUCUGGCUGCUGGCCGGUCUCUUUGGCAGCUUUGGACUGAUGCAGCUGCUAGCCAGCAUCGUCUUUCUGCUCGAGCUGGGCGCCGCUCAGCCGCAGCGACCGCGUUUACGUCGACUCAUGAAUGCGGCCAAUCGCUAUAUGGUCUAAAGCUACAAAAAUCGGAACAAAUUGAAGUUGUUCUUCUCUUAAAUAUAUUGCAACUACAUGUGCUAUAAAGUAACUUAUCUAGAUUGUAACUUAACUGCAAUUUAACUUAUCUGCAAUAUAAC